UGUUCCCACGCAUAGUUGCCUCCUAAACAAUAUGUCAGAUAAUAGUUUGAGAUAAUAGACCACUACAUGAAAAUGAAUCCUUUGCUCAAACAGAAACGUCAACGAGUUCCGUAUGGUGAUGUUUGGGAUAAGCCAUUUAUAUAUCUUGGAGUGACAUAUUGCAAUGCUAAUUUAAAUAAAUCAUUUUCUAAAAAUGUAAUUUUAGCAUUAGAUAUUUUAUCAGAAAAACUCCAAGAUAAUCUGUAUGUUGGAGACUCGUUGUGUGAUAUUUAUCAGGGAACAUCAGCAGUGCUAAUGAAUGCAAACGGAGAUAUCAAAUCUAUCGUAGAUGUUCGACAAAGGAAAGCAGUAGAAAGUCUUGUAGAAUUCGUUAAAAACUUGGAUGACGGUAGAAAACAUGCACAGUGUCUCCUUGAAAUGGUUAAUAAGAAGGAUGAAGCAACUAUUCAAGCAGUUUUGGCCUGUCAUCUUUUCUCUCCUCUCUUAUCUGAAGGAAAAGUGUUUGUGGAUCGUACUAACCGGAACCCAAGGAAAAAUUCCAGUGAAACAUUUCCUACUGUUGGUACUAGUACAGAUUCAAAUGAUGAUCCUUUAAAAGUUGAAUGUCCAUUCUGUAAAAAGGCUAACAUAAAAGCAGACAACACAAAUUUUGGUUGUGUAGAUAUGUGGCAUGGGAGGGCAGAUAUUGUUGUUAAAGGAGAUAAUGGUUCUAUGCAAGAAAUCAUUAAAAUUGCUGUUGAUGAAGAUGAUGAGGAAGGUCAAGGUGAACCUGCAUCAAAAAAAGCAAAGAUAGAUGAAGAUAUAGAUCUUUGGUAUAGUCUGGCAGAGGUGAAAACAGAAAUAGAGGGUUCAGUUACUUCAGAUCUUCGUGAAACUCAAGAUUAUGUACAGGCAAUAAGUCAGACAAUUUUAAAUUCAUUUUUGGCAGUAAAGCUCAACAAAGGUUUAGGAAGUCAUUUGAUUCCAUCUUUUUUUGUUUCCCCCAAGUAUAUUUACAUCAAUUUUUACAAUGUUGAAAAGGAUAUUUUACUCGUGCAAGAUCACCCAAUUAAAAUUUUUGACAAGGACGGUGUGAAUUAUUGGGCAAUUCUCUCUGUUUGGAUGGCAUUGAAUUUUGAAAAAUUUCCUUGUGAGUUUCAAGGAGAUGCUUCAAAAAAGUCUGGUUUUCAGAAUUGGCUACAAAAGCAUGGUGUUCUUGAAAAAUAUAAGAAUGAGAUCACAUGUAAAUAUACUGCUGCCAGAAAGCCAGCACAGGAAAAAACAAACAGUACAGUGAAUCCUAUGAGAGUUGCUGAAUUGUUCAGGAAACUGAUUGAAGGUGAAAAUAAGGAUUCAACCUGAAUGCGUAAAACAUAAAAACCAUUUCUCAUCACUUGGCGUCCGGCGUCUGGCGUCGUCCGUCGUCGUUAACUUUUACAAAAAUCUUCUCCUCUGAAACUGAUGGGCCAAAUUAUUCCAAACUUAGCCAUAAUCAUCAUUGGGGUAUCUAGUUUAAAAAUUGUGUGGCGUGACCCCGCCAACCAACCAAGAUGGCCGUCACGGCUAAAAAUAGAACAUAGGGGUAAAAUGCAGUUUUUGGCUUAUAACUCAAAAACCAAAGCAUUUAAAGCAAAUUUGACAAUGGGUAAAUUUAUUCAUCAGGUCAAGAUCUAUCUGCCCUUCAUUUUUCAGGUGAAUCGGACAACCCGUUGUUGGGUUGCUCUCCCUGAAUUGGCAAUUUCAAGGAAAUUUUGCUGUUUUUGGUUAUUAUCUUGAAUAUUAUUAUAGAUAGAGAUAAACUGUAAACAGCAAUAACGUUCAGCAAAGUAAGAUCUAUAAAUAAGUAAAAUGACCGAAAUGGUCAAAUGACCCCUUUAGGAGUUAUUGCCCUUUAUAGUCAAUUUUUAACCAAUUUUUGUAGAUCUUAGUAAUCUUUUACAAAAAUCUUCUCCUCUGAAACAACUUGGACAAAUUAAACCAAACUGGGCCACAACUAUCAUUGGGGUAUCUAGUUUAAAAAAUGUGUGACGUGACCCAGCCAACCACCCAAGAUGGCCGCCACAGCUAAAAUUAAAAACAUGGGGGUAAAAUGCAGUUUUUGGCUUAUAACUCAAAAACCAAAGCAUUUAGAGCAAAUCUGACAUGGGGUAAAAUUAUUUAUCAGGUCAAAAAAAGAUCUAUCUGCUCUGAAUUUUUCAGGUGAAGCGGAGAACCCGUUGUUGGGUUGCUCUCCCUGAAUUGGCAAUUUAAAGGAAAUUUUGCUGUUUUUGGUUAUUAUCUUGAAUAUUAUUAUAGAUAGAGAUAAACUAUAAACAGCAAUAAUGUUCAGCAAAGUAAGAUCUACAAAUAAGUUAACAUGACCGUAAUGGUCAGUUGACCCCUUUAGGAGUAAUUGCCCUUUAUAGUCAAUUUUUAACAAUUUUUUGUAAAUCUUAGUUAUCUUUUACAAAAAUCUUCUCCUCUGAUACUAUGUGGCCAAAUUAAACCAAACUUGGCCACAAUCAUCAUUUGGGUAUCUAGAAUUAAAAAUAUGUGGCGUGACCCGGUCAACUAACCAAGAUGGCCACCACGGUUAAAAAUGGAACAUAGGGGUAAAAUGCAGUUUUUGGCUUAUAACUCAAAAACCAAAGCAUUUAAAGCAAAUCUGACAUGAAGUAAAAUUGUUUAUUAAGUAAAAAUAUAUCUGUCCUGAAAUUUUCAGAUGAAUCAGACAACCUGUUGUUUGGUUGCUGCCCCUGAACUGGUAAUUUUAAGGAAAUUUUGCUGUUUUCGGUUAUUAUCUUGAAUAUUAUUAUAGAUAGAGAUAAACUUUAAAAUACAAUAUAUGUUGGCAAAGUAAGAUCUAUAAAUAAGUCAACAUGACCGAAAUUGUCAGUUGACCCCUUUAAGAGUUAUUGCCCUUUAUAGUCAAGUUUUAACCAUUUUUAGCUCACCUGGCCCGAAGGGCCAAGUGAGCUUUUCUCAUCACUUGGCGUCUGGCGUCCGUCGUCCGUCGUCCGUCGUCGUUAACUUUUAGAAAAAUCUUCUCCUCUGAAACUACUGGGCCAAAUGAAACCAAACUUGGCCACAAUCAUCAUUAGGAUAUCUAGUUUAAAAAAUGUGUGGCGUGACCCGCCAAACCAAACAAGAUGGCCGCCAUGGCUAAAAAUAGAACAUAGGGGUAAAAUGCAGUUUUUGGCUUAUAACUCAAAAACCAAAGCAUUUAGAGCAAAUCUGACAAAAGGGUAAAGUUGUUUAUCAGGUCAAGAUCUAUCUGCCCUGAAAUUUUCAGAUGAAUCAGACACCCGGUUGUUGGGUUGCUGCCCCUGAAUUGGUAAUUUUAGGGAAAUUUUGCUGUUUUUGGUUAUUAUCUUGAAUAUUAUUAUAGAUAGAGAUAAACUGUAAACAGCAAUAAUGUUCAGCAAAGUAAGAUUUACAAAUAAGUCAACAGGAUCAAAAUGGUCAGUUGGCCCCUUUAGAAGUUAUUGCCAUUUAAAGUCAAUUUUUAACCAUUUUUCGUAAAUUUUAUAUAUCUUUUACAUAAAUCUUCUCCUCUAAAACUGCUGGGCCAAAUGAAUCCAAACUUGGCCACAAUCAUCAUUGGGGUAUCUAGUUUAAAAAAUGUGUGGCGUGACCUGCCAAACCAACCAAGAUGGCCGCAAUGGCUAAAAAUAGAACAUAGGGGUAAAACGCAGUUUUUGGCUUAUAACUCAAAAACCAAAGCAUUUAGAGCAAAUCUGACACGAGGUUGAAUUGUUCAUCAGGUCAUGUUCUAUCUGCCCUGAAAUUUUCAGUUGAAUCAGAGAACCCGUUGUUGGGUUGCUGUCCCUGAAUUGGUAAUUUUAAGAAAAUUUUGCUGUUUUUGGUUAUUAUCUUGAAUAUUAUUAUAGAUAGAGUUAAACUGUAAACAGCAAAAAUGUUCAGCAAAGUAAGAUUUACAAAUUAGUCAACAUGACCAAAAUGGUCAAUUGACCCCCUAAGGAGUUAUUGUCCUUUAUAGUCAAUUUUAACAAUUUUCAUAAAAUUUGUAAAAUUUUACUACCGGUUACAUUUUCCACAGAAACUACUAGUUUAAGUUCAUUAUAGAUAGUGAAAAUUGUAAGCAGCAAAAAUGUUCAGUAAAGUAAGAUGUACAAACAUAUCACCAAAACACAAUUUUGUCAUGAAUCCAUCUGCUUCCUUUGUUUAAUAUUCACAUAGACCAAGGUGAGCGACACAGGCUCUUUAGAGCCUCUAGUUUCAUAAAUCUUAGUAAUCUUUUACAAAAAUCUUCUCUGAAACUACUGGGCCAAGUAAAUUAUAGAUAGAGAUAAUUGUAAGCAGAUAGAAUGUUCAGUAAAGUAAGAUGAACAAACACAUCACCAUCACCAAAACACAAUUUUGUCAUGAAGUUUGUUAUUUUAUUCUUUACUGAAAGUGAAUCAAAUUGGUUGAAAAAAAUAGGGGGUCACUGACCAUUUAACCUCACAAUUUUACUUUUAAACAGGUAUGUAAAAGGACCAUUUUUCAAUGAAAUAAUAGGGAAAUAGAGGUGUUGUCAUAUUUUUAUCGAAAUAUAAAAAAAAACAUUCUAUGACACUUGGUCCAAAACUGUAAUAUAAAAAGCUGAAAUAUAGCUUCAAAGAAUGAGCAAAUAAAAAACAUAGGUCACCAAUAAGGGAAAAAAAAUUCUUUGCAGUAAAAUUUUGGCGGGAAAAUGGUGAAAAUGGGUGAAAUGUCAUUUUGACCCUUUAGCAAAUACGGAUAAUAACAAAAAUAUUUUAUUAAUCAUAUAACUACAAUGAUUUAACAUAUCUAAUCAAUAACAAAAAGUUUUAAAACUAUAUUGUAUUUACGACAAAUACUUUUGUAAUUCAUGCGUGAAAUUAUACACAGUUGAAUAGUCACAAGCCACCUUAAAUUAAUAGGCAGCAACUUUAAAAAUCAAUGUAAGUGUGUUAGGCAUAUUAGGUGAGGUCUUAUUUUAACAUAAAUCAAUACUUCAGUCUGUGUUAAUUUAAAGAUGUAUUUAUAUUUUUACAUGUGGUAUUGCUAUCCAAUGAAUUUUGAGCUACUUACAUUUGAGAUUUAUUUAUUUACCACUAUUGGAUCACACAUUUUCAUGCUUCCUUUGCAGUUCAUCUUAUAUUGAGGUUUCGUUUGAUUGAACACAUGACAAAUCUUUAUUUAAUUUAUUAUAACUUUUCAGGUGGUUUAUUUUUUGAAUUUGAUUGUUAACUUAUAGAAAUUGUGUUUCUCAUAAAAGUUACAUGUAUACGUGUAAUCUGGAGCGUUUUGACAACAUCAAUGUAUUUAGCAGACUUUUAAAACCUGUUUUCUUUCAUCAGGAUUUGCGCAUACCUGUAGCCAGGGAGGGUUCGGGGGGUUCCGACCCGAACCCUUGAAAACAAAUAAGCACUGUUAAAGUCAAUGUUCUGUUCGAAUUGUGACUGUUAAAGUCAAGUUUGUGAGUCCAACGUACCCCCAUUUGGAAAUUCCUGGCUACGGGCCUGUUGCUUAUUUUCAAUUUAAACAUGCAAUUAAUGUGUGUAGGUGAAAAAAUUCAAAUAAGCAGCUCUCUCUCACCCUCUUACAUAACCUAACAAAGAAAUGCCACCCUACAUAAAGUAAUUCUGCUUUUAUCUGGAAAGACCUUAUGACUUUUUAUACCCAAAGUUUCAGUACAUAUUUUUGUAUACUAGCUGUUGAUGGACUGUCUGCCCAUCUGUCGUCUGUCCAUCCAUAUUCAAUAUGUCAGAAAUUAGCUCAACCACACUUUAACCAAUAUGCAUCAAACUUUGAUGAGUGACCUUUUGUUUUUUAUAAAUACGGAUUUACCUAUCCAAGUUUUGGGGAAUUAUUCAUAAAAAGGGUGGAUUUCCCAGUUUUCAGACAAUAACCCAUAAACAUUUUAAUCAAUUUGCAAGAAACUUUGCUGAAUUAUUUAUUCUAUCAACAUACGCUCUCUUUGGAUUUUAAUAGAUUUAUGACUAUAAUUUUUUUUGAAUUAUGUUUUUUUUUUAUUCAUUUCAAAAGGGGAAUCUUCCAGUUUUCAGAUAAUAGCAUUUUUCAAAAUUUUUAAUGAAACUUUAGUAAAUUGUUUAUAUCUAUUGCUGUAUGCUCCCUUUUGAUUUUUAUAAAUUUAAGAUUUAAUGCUUCACAGUUAUAAGAGUUUAUUCUUUAAAAAGCAUGAAAAGUGGUAAUUAACUAAUUUUAAAGUUUUUAGAUCAUAUCCUUAAAGUACUUAAAACAGUUCUCAUUAAACUUUUAAGACUGAUUUAUAUCUAUUAAGAUAACUCCCUUUAUUUAUUUUUUUUAAAUUUAUGAUAAAAAAUUGUGAAGUUAUUGUUUGUUUAUAGUCUGAAAACAGAUUUACUUAGUAUUGCGCAACAGCACAGUGUAUUGCACAAGAAAUCUUAAAUUUAUUAUAAAUAUAUAUUUAAUUCAUAAAACCGAUUUCAAGUUCUUUGACUACAUUUAUACAGAAACCUUUAAUAUGUCAACUAUUUAAUUAUAAUUUAAAUUCACACCUGUAUUGAGUGCAAUCAUUGUGUCCUUUUUGCCCCAACUGUUCAGGGUUGGACUGAUGUGGUCAAAUCCAGCUGUGCUUGCUAAAGCAAUUUAUUGUAGUUUGAAUAUCUUUCUUAAACUAUCCUAGAUUUCUACUUUGACAGAAGCUUGUUCAUGCUCAUAACAUACAAAAUGAAGUAUCUGGAAGUAAAUUUAAAAUAUAAAAUUUUUGUAUUUUAUUUAUAAAUGGACUUAUUUUUUCUGCCAUUUAACAUUACCUUCACUGACUCUGCGUUUUAAGUUCAAAAUGAUUUUGAUAAUUUAUUUGUCUUAUGUUUAGUUUCACUCUACAUGGUAUAUUUGAACAGAUAUUUGUUCAGUUUUAUGCAUGGCCAGUCUAGAAUAUUACAUAUGAUUCAGUGUUAAUAAUUUGUAUAUAAAAUGUAUAAGCCUUUAUUUUAUUACAUCAUAAUUUUUAAUACUUUGUAUUAUGUCUGCUUUAAGGCAUUAUUGUUACAUUGUUCAGGCCAUAGUUAUUAUAUUUUUAGUUUUACGAAAUUUUUUGACAAAACCAAUGGGUAGGAGGACUGCUGCUGCUGCUGAUUUUUUUUUUAAUACCAACCGUCAAUAUCAAAAUUUGUUUUUUUUUAUUUCACCAGGAGAUUUUCUACUAGUGUAACAACUAUUUUUUUUUCUUGACAAGGUUUGAAUUGAAAAUCAAUGUGCAACAACUUACUAAAUCACCAAGAGCAUAAAUUUAUAUUCUUUCAUGCAGUUAUGAACUAAAAAUAUAUUUUUUUUGCAUGAAAAACACUGGGUCGGAGGAGAAAAAAAAAUAAAAAUCAACAUUUUUUUUUUUUUUUUUCCUAUUUCUAUUUGGCAAAAAUUAGGGUAGGAGGGUUCGUAAAACUAAAAAUAAAAAAACUACGGCCUCAUGGAAGUUUUGUUUAUUUUUUUUAUUGAACUAUGUACAAUAUUUAUUUGCUACAACACUAAAUGAAUUAGAAACGUAUUUACAAAUUAAGUGACCACAAUGAGAAAUGAGACAUACAUGUAAUUUUUUUUAAAUUGCUCUUAUUCCAUAGAUAAGAAUCUCAAAACGUCUGCAAGAUCUUGAUAUCUUUUAUAUCAGUAUAUAUUGCUUGAUCAUUGCACAAUGUUGCGAGAAAGUCGUGUGUAUUGAAAUUGAAUUCAAGUAGAUCAUUUUAACUACAAAAAAAGGUAUAAUGAAAUGGUUGCAUUUAAAUAUAUAAAUGUAAAUAAAUAUAUAUAUCUUGAUGAGAAAUUUUGUACUGUAUAAGCCAUGUUACUGUUUAGAGAUUAUAAUAUACUGCUUCUAAACAGAAACUUUGAUUAUUUGGGAAAAAAACUCACAUUCUGAAUUAUAAAAUAGCUAUUCAUAAUCAUCAUUUAUCAAAUUUAUAUAACUACUCUCACAAUUUUACAAAUUGUUCAACAAAAGCAAUCAUAAAUGUGCUAAAACAU